GUCGGGACAAGGGCCUCUGUCUUCUUUUCUUCGCGUCCCACCACUUCUUCGCAUAAAUCAGAUUUACUUAAGGUUAUCAUUACCUUCAAUAAUAAUAACUGCAGUAUAUCAGUAUUCCACUCCAACCUCAUCAUGACAGGUAAUUUGCACAUUAUUUGUUUUGAACUAAGCCUAUGACAGCAAUUUUGACUCAAAACGUUUGAGCAACAGACUCCAUGGUGGUGGAAAUUAGAGAAUUAAAAAAAUCGCAAAUAUGUGUAGCUUCCAAAGUUAAAGAAAAAAAACUGUAAAACUGUAUACAUUUAUUAAUUUAUGAUUUCUUUGUCAAUAAAAGUAUUUAGAGUUACAUACUGAUCAGAGGAGUGGUUUAUGAAAAAUAGUUUAAACGAAACCAUUACAUGCAUUCAUAUGUGCUUUUAUUUUGAAGAGUAGUGUCUCGUUUAUGCCGCCUGUCCACCGGAAGCUCUGCGACCCGUGUCGCUGCAGCGUUGCGCUUUCCUGUUUACGAGCGGGAAGAGCGAACGGAGCUUCACCGUGUACACUUUUAGGGGUUUAUAACCGCCUGCACAUUUGUUUUUAGUUGUCUUCCAGAGCGGCAGUCUGCAUGUUUUAAUGAACCACUUGGCACUGUGGGGAGUUUAGAUACGUUGUCGGCGGAGCGCUGGUGAAAACAAGAGGUGUUUUUGGAGCAGAGUGGGACAGAUGGAGGAUCCUCCAGCAGAUCCUAUCGGCGGCGGCGGCGGUGGUGCAGCAGCCGCCGCAGCGGAGGGCCCCACGAUGCAGGUGGCUGACAUGCGCUGGCCAAGCGGAGCUCUUCCGCUCCGGCUCCUGGAGUGGAAGGUCAAACCAGGGUCUCUCGUGAACGUGGACUCGGUUCUUGCCUUAUGUGCUCUCAUAGCCCAGGAUAAGGAGACGGAGGCUGCUGCUAGGCUGCCAGAGAAGAAGGUGAAAUCGGACCGUGCUGGAGUGGUGAAGGAGCUCUGCUGUCAGCCAGGACAAAUAAUUCCUCCCGGGGGCGUCAUCGUCAGAAUCGAAGAAUGCAGCCAUCCAAUAGUGAUGAAGGGUCUGUGCGCCGAAUGCGGCCAGGAUCUGACUCAGCUGCAGGGGACUAAUGGGAACCAGCAAAGUCCCAUCUCCACAGCAACAGUCUCCAUGGUGCACAGUGUCCCUGAACUGAUGGUCAGCUCGGAGCAAGCCAAACAGCUGGCCCGAGAAGACCAGCAGAGACUGCACCGGAACAAAAAGCUGGUCCUCAUGGUGGACCUGGACCAGACGCUGAUCCACACCACUGAGCAGCACUGCCAGCGCAUGUCCAACAAGGGGAUCUUCCACUUCCAGCUGGGUCGGGGGGAGCCCAUGCUCCACACGCGGUUACGGCCGCACUGCAAGGAAUUCCUGGAGAAAAUCGCCAAACUCUACGAGCUGCACGUCUUCACAUUCGGGAGCCGUUUAUAUGCACACACCAUCGCUGGCUUCUUGGAUCCUGAAAAGAAACUUUUCUCCCACAGAAUCCUUUCUAGAGACGAAUGCAUAGAUCCGUUCUCCAAGACGGGGAAUCUUAGAAACCUGUUCCCCUGCGGCGACUCCAUGGUCUGCAUCAUCGACGACCGGGAAGACGUCUGGAAGUUUGCACCGAACCUCAUCACUGUGAAGAAGUACAUCUACUUCCAGGGCAUCGGAGACAUCAACGCUCCACCGGGAUCACGGGAAGCUCAGAUGGCCAAGAAAGCUGGAGGCCCUUCGAGUCGACCGACAGAGAGCACAGAACAAGCGGAGGCGAUUGGUGCUGAUGAGCAAAAUAAUGGCCUCAGGAAACGGUCAAAGGAGCCAGGCAUUUCAACAAAGGAAGAGCUUUCAUUACCUCAGUCUUCUCAGGAAGGAGCUACCGGCGAAAGGACACAGGGGGGUGUGGAGGAGAAUCAGGAGGAGGCAGGACGAAGUCGAGGGUCAGACGCUGGUCAAAAGGUUUCAGAGUCUGGGCAGAAACCAAAGGACACUCAGGUGGAGGAUAAAAAAGAUGUUAAAGAGGAUGGUGGUAACGGGACAGAAGAGGCUCAGGGAGGUGCCAACUCCUCAGCACCGAGCCACGACUCCAAUAACUUGGAUUUUGACCUUUCUAGUGACAGCGACAGUGAAUCGGGUACAGGAAAGCCCGCCUCGCCAGACGGCGGGAGUCAAAGCAGGACUCACUUGACAAAGGAGUCUGAACAGGAAGGAGAUGGACACGAGCCCUCUGAUGAGGAUAUGACGAAGGACGGGGACAGCAAAGGUUCUUGCGAAGUCGAGAACAGCUCGGACUCUGCAGAACACCCAGGCGUCGUCUUGCCCGACCCCGAGCUGGGGAACGGCUGCUUGGAGAGGAGAGAGCCGGAAACCGAGUCCCAGAACAGCGAACAGUCCGGAGUCACGGUGGGAGAGGAGCUGCUGGAUCAGAGCAUGGAAGACGAGGAAGAAGAGGAAGAGACCGACAACGACCAGGACGAUCACCUUAUCUACCUGGAGGAGGUGCUGGAGCGGAUCCACGCAGAGUACUUCGCCCGCUACGAGACCUACCUGAGGAAGGAGGCGUCGGAGAUGCCGGACAUCCGCAGGAUUGUUCCAGAGCUGAAGAGCAAGACUCUGGAGGGCACGACGGUUGUGUUCAGCGGACUUUACCCCACUAACUACCCCAUGGAGAGGACAAGGGAGUUCUACCACGCCAAAGCCCUGGGGGCCAAAAUCGGCAAGAGUCUGAUCCUCAACUCUCAGGACCCCAACCGGACGACACAUCUAGUUGCAGCGAGGGCAGGAACCGAGAAGGUACGGCAGGCGCAGGACUGCAAGCACCUCCAUGUGGUCAACCCCGACUGGCUGUGGAGCUGUCUGGAGCGCUGGGAGCGGGUGGAGGAGCAGUUGUACCCCCUGAAGGAGGAUUACUCCAGGACGCCACGGAGCAACAGCCCGGCCACUUUUCUCGACAAUCAGGGCUGCCUGCAGAAAGCCGUCUUCCAGCCAGUUCCCGUCCACCCCAGACCCCGAGGGGCGUUUUCAGAGGCCCGGACCUACGACUCGGUCACAGGGAAGCUAAUCCGCAGGGGCCCUCAGGCGGCGCGUCCAGCAGCCUACCUCCAGGCGUCGGGACCCCUCUCCGACCGCAUGGACCAGUCUGGUCUCAGGGGAGCCGCACAGGGUCAGCAGAACGAGGCGGCCGGGUCCAGUCAGGACAACGAGCAGCCAGGACCUUCCCGCCGGGAGCGGCAGCCGAGCAUGUCGGAAACGAUGCCGCUGUACACGCUCUGCAAGGAGGACCUGGACAGCAUGGACAAAGAGGUGGACGACAUUUUAGGAGAGGAGAGCGACAACGAGAGCGAGGGUCGAGGGAAGGAGAAGCCGGGCAACGAGGAUAUUGCUGAGGAAGAGGAGGAGGAGGAGCAACAGCAGCAGCAGCAGCAGCCAGAAGCUGGAGAGUCGACAACAUCAGGGCCCCCCUCUAAGCCAGAUGGAGUGGAGGAAAGACUUCAGACCACACCUCCCAGUGACUCCAGUUUGUCAGAGAAUGCCCCAAGGGGUCAGAAACGGAAGCAUGACUCCGGAGAGGAUGAGGAGGAUGCGGACAUGGAGAGCAAGCAGAAAAGGCGGGACUCCGCCGACGAGUCGUCCAAGGACUCCAAUGAGGAAGAGGAGGGCAGCAGCUCGGAGGCGGACGAGAUGGCCGCCGCCCUGGAGGCUGAGCUAAACGACUUUAUGUGACGAGGGGGAAAAAAAACGACUGAAAGAAACGACUGAAAGCCAGCCCAUACCGACGUCACACGGUACCCACACAUCACUGUUUCCCCCGGAGUCGCCGUGGUUACGGCGUGGGGAGCGAUGAAUGUGUGUCGUAAUAAAAACCUGAAUGUCCUGUACAGAACCAGCGCCUUUCUGCGGAAAUGAAGGCUUGGACUUUUGUAGCACUGCUAUAUAUAAAUAUAUAUAUAUAUAUAUAUAUAUGAAUAUAAAUAGAUAUAAAUAUAAAUCGCCUUUUUGUGGCAUAAAUCCUUUGAAGUUAACAUUUUAUUGUGAGGUGAGCUCCAGGACUCAUGAAAUUUGAUACUUUUUGAGUUGUUUUUCUAUUUGGAUUUUUAUAUUGUUGAAAAGAUGAAUAAAAAAAACAACAUAAGUGUAUAUUUUGCUGAUGGUUCUUGCCAAAGAGUUUUGAAAUAGGUUUGCCAAGUUGUGCAGCUAAAAGAAAUUUUAAUCUUGACUUCCAGUUUUUAAGAUUUUUUUUAUUAUUAUUAUUGUAAUAAUUAAAUUUUUGGUCUCAGCAGGUUUUUAGGGUCAACUAGUUCAUCCAGACAUUUGAAUGUGUUUCUUCCAUUAGUUUCUAUCUUGUUUGUACAUUUUGUAAACAUUUUGUGUGCUAACAGAAGAUCUUUUGUUAAUGAUGAAUAAAUGAUAACAUCCCAGUAA